AUGGAGAGUAGCAUUACGUACCCAAGCAGCGUCCUGGCCGCGUACACCUGCCCUUUCAAUAUCACGAAAUUUACUGAUUACAAAUGUGGAUCCACUUAUACCAAUAAGCCUGUGGACAACCCGUAUCCGUAUCAAUGUGCGAAUUACGGGACUAACUGCUACACGUUGCGGAACGGGGCCGAGAUGGGCUUUCUGCAGGCGCUCCUCACUCGUACCAACCCGGCACCCCUUACAUGGACAGGAGUUUACUACAACACCACCGCUUCCACCUGGCUUACUGUAUGCAACACUACAGUCGACUACUCGACCUUCCUUGGAACAGCCCUGAAUCAGGCGAUAUCAGCCAAUUCAGCCCCACUACUAUGCCAUGCGAUGAACGCAAGUGACAGCUACUUUUUCCCGUGCAACGUCACUAUGCCGAGGAAGCCCGUUCCACCAUUCAUCCACCAUACGCCUCGCAUACUCCAUGAUAUUAUCCAAUCGCUGUCGACACCCAUCAGCACGUAUCCGCGGAUUCUUCACCAU